ACCUCAUAAUUGCACUUUGCAUCACUCCACCUGUCGUGCAAAAUAAAAAUUAUUAUUAGCAGAUUAGGCGUUGAUAAGAUACUAAGCCUUAUUCUGACCAGACUUUAAUAAAGACAUUCCGGUUGGGGCAGCUAUUUUAUAAUCCUUUAAGUCCCACGCGGUUUCGAAAAAAUAGUUUAAAAUUUUGGUGUUUAUCAGUGCGGUGGUUUUUGCAUAGGAUUGCAACAAGUGGAAUUUUCGAGGACAAACAUUUUCAUAAAGAAACAGAAGCAGUAAUUGUUUUUCACACUGGACGACUUUGAAGUAGAGGAUUUUGAGGACUUCGCAAUGGAUUUCUGGGGAGUUUUCCUGUUUUUCGUGCUCGUUUUUAUAAUAAUGAGUUACUGUGGAUAUUGCUGUAAAAGCAGACGCCAGGGUACCGUUUUAUCCACGCCCGUGGUGGUGACUUCCGCCACCCACACAGCUCCCGGCGGUUAUCCGGUCACCCAGCUGCCUCCGCCGGGUUAUCCGGUGGGCAAUGCCUACGCAGCACCCGCUCCAUAUCUCGGCCAGACCAACGGCAGCGUAACCGUGCAGAUGCCCAUGCCGAUGCCCCCGCAGAACCAGCAGCAAAUGCCGAUGCCGAUGGCCGGCAUGCAGACGCACGGCGUGGCCUAUCCCCCGUAUCCCGGCCAGGGAGCGGCCAACAUGGAUCCGCCGACUUACGACGUGGCCAUGGCCAAUCCGGGACCAAGUGUCAUGCCCGCUGGCUACGAGAAGCAGGCGCCCUACAAUCCCCACUUUGGCCACUGAUUACUUAGUUCGAGGAGCCUCCUGCCCGCAUCGAUAUAGCUUUUGUACUUCAAGAAUACAUUAGUUUCAAUACCUCGUUUUGUAAGCAAAACAAACUCCAAUUCCCAACGGCUGAGAGGGGAAAACCAAAGUAUCGCACAAUAAGUAAUUUUUAUAUAUUCCUUGUGAUGUAUGUGUAACAUGUACAUAUAACUUAAGUGGAACCUUACUUUAAUUUAUACGCCUACAUUAAGAAACUCCAAAAACAAAACAAAACAAAACAAAACAAAAACUAAAUGAACGACAUGAAGUGUUAAUUGUAAUAAACCAGCGGAGUGCCCAUCAAAUACACCUGAAGCGUGUUUGUAUGGUUGUGCACUUCCGCAGAAACACGAAAACGAAAACCAGAA